AUGAAACAAGAAAAAAAUAUAUUAAUCUUUACUCAAGAAGACUUUUAGUAAAAUUUUUUAGUGAAUCCAAAUCCUCCUUUAGGUUCAGGUCAUGAUGCUAAAGUUUAUUUGGCUAUGCAUAAGAGAACAGGAGAAAUGUUUGCAUUAAAAGUUCUUAUAUCAAUAACAGCAGAACACCUCAACAAUCUCUAGGUUUAUUUUGUAUUUAUUUAGUGAACGAAAUAAAAAUACUUAAAUUAAUAGAGCAUCCAGGUGUUGUUUAAAUAAAAGGCCAUGCUUAAGAUUUUACUUGUGUUUUGUUAGAGU